AUGUUGUUUAAGCUUGUUCUGUUGAUACUAAGUGCUAUUGCUUAUGGUAAACAAAUUCCAAUUCCUACUCGUCCCGAAGGUUACGGUAUUAUUGGUUCCCCAGAUGCUAAUAUUAUUGUUGAAAUGUAUUUGGAUUUAUUGUGUGAUGAUUGUCAAGCAUCAUGGCCAACUAUAAUGAGUCUCGUUUAUUAUUAUGAUACUCGAAUCCAAUUUCUCAUACAUCCAUUUCCUUUUCCCUAUCACACGAAUUCAUUUUUGGUAAAUCAAGGGCUACAUGUUGUGGCCAAUGUCACUGAAGGGGCAAUCAAUUUAAUUAAAAAAUACGCACAACUUGCACUUCAACAUCAGUCGACCUGGUACAAUGAAGCAACAAUGAACAUGACAAUAACAGAAGUAAUUCAAUCAGUGGCAAAUUUUAUUGUGAAUGACGUACAAGUAGCCACUGUCGAUAGAGUCAUGAGAUUAAUGCAAGAUAAAGAUAUUAAUGAACGAACAGUAAUAUCGUGGAAAUAUGCAUGCAGUCGAGGGGUCUUUAGUACACCAACAUUUAUGGUGAAUGGUGUGUAUGUAAGUGCCGAUCCAUCGUGGACAUUGGAUAACUGGAGAUCGGUUAUUGAUCCUCUUAAUCCGGAAUGUCCAUCAGUCUGUCCUCGUUUACAGAUGGGCAGCAGUACCGAUGAUAGUCGAUUAAGUAAUCUCAUUCAUAUUCAUCGACAACAAGCAAAAGAAUUGAAAGGUGAAGAUGUUGUUAAUGAGUUUUGCAAAGACAAACGUCGAAUCAAAGUCAUCAACGAAUGA